ACUUUCAAAGCCCAAAGAAUCAAGCGGAAGAAAAGAAAAUCUCCUCCUAAAAAGCAUCAUAUAAUCUGGAAAAGACCCGCUAUUAAUUGUGAAGCAAGAAUUAGAAUAACAUGGUUAGUGGCAUCGAAUAUGGUUAGAAUUAAAAAG